AUGGCAACGUUUGAGUCCUGGGUCCUUCUGUCCGUCUACAUUCUGACCUUCUUAAUCGGCCUACCAGCCAACCUCUUGGCCAUUUAUGCCUUUAUCCGAAAGCUCAGUGAUAAACCCACGCCCACCGACAUCCUACUGCUCAACUUGACGGCAUCUGACCUGCUCUUCCUGCUCUUCCUCCCCCUGAAGAUGUAUGAGGCGGCCUCCAACAUGCAUUGGUACCUCUCCCAGGUCUUGUGCUCCAUCACCUGCUUCAUCUUCUUCACCACCAUCUAUACCAGCUCCCUGCUGCUGAUGGCGGUGAGCGUGGAUCGCUACCUGGCGGCUGCCUUCCCUGUCACCUACCGUGCGUCGCGCAGGGUGCUCCACGGCAUUGUCGGCAGUGUCUUCAUCUGGCUGUGCAGUGGCGCCCACUGCACCAUCGUCUUCAUUAUCGUGCACAAGGGCAACGAGAACCAAACAACUCCUAAGACCACCUGCUACAGCAACUUCACCGACAGCCAGAACGAUAUUAUCCUCCCGACUCGCCUAGAGUUCUUUUUAGUGAUAUUCAUGAUGCCACUCUUGGUCUGUGUGUUCUGCUACCUCAAGUGCAUCUGGAUCCUGUACAGCAGGCCCUGCAUAGCCAAGGAAAAGAAGCAGAAGGCCAUUGGGAUGGCGCUCAGCACCUUGGCCGUCUUCCUGAUUUGCUUCCUGCCGUAUAACAUCUCUCACUUGGUGGGCUACAGCAUAAAUCACAGCCCAGAUUGGAGGAACUACACCCUGCUGCUGAGCACCCUCAACACCUGCCUGGACCCCAUGAUCUUCUACUUUUCCUCCAACACCUAUCGCAACACCACCAAACUGUCCUUUUUUAAGAUAGCAUCCUUUAGGCGCCACAAGGCCCCGAAAACCAAUACCUCUGUGGAAAUGGACCAGGACAUUUGACCUGUCACUGCGUUCAUGUAUUUCAAGGAAAAAAUAAGUAUAUUAUGAUGAUUUGCUUUUUCGUCAGGACAGAUUGAGACAGCAAAUAAGUGAA